GCCACCCGGAGGCGCGUGGGGCGGGCGGGGCAGUCUGUGGUUGUUGCAGGCUGGGUCUUCUCGCUGGACGCCGUCCAGGGAUGCUUCCGCUGGACCGCUGUGCGGGUCUUGGGCUGAGGCAGAGGGAUGGCGAAUGUGCGGGUGGCCGUGAGGGUCCGGCCUCUCAGCAAGCGGGAGAUCAAAGAAGGGGGAAGAAUUAUUGUGGAAGUUGAUGACAAAGUGACAAAAAUCAGGAAUGUUAAGGUGUGCAGUCGACCAGAGAGCUUUGGAGACAGCCGGGAGAAGGUUGUAGCAUUUGGCUUUGAUUACUGCUAUUGGUCAGUCAACCCGGAGGACCCUCAAUACGCAUCUCAGGAAGUGGUAUUCCAGGACUUGGGGACUGAAGUACUGUCUGGAGCUGCCAAAGGCUACAACAUAUGCCUCUUUGCCUAUGGGCAGACAGGCUCUGGGAAGACAUACACUAUGCUGGGGACUCCAGCCUCUGCUGGGCUGACCCCACGGAUAUGUGAGGGUCUCUUCAUCAGGGAGGAUGACUAUGCCUCACUGCCUUCUUCCUGUAGCAUAAAAGUAAGCUUCCUGGAAAUCUACAAUGAACGGGUAAGAGAUCUUUUGAAGCGAUCCAGUCAGAAUAAGUCCUAUAGUUUGAAGGUCAGGGAGCACCCCGAGAUGGGGCCCUAUGUCCAAGGUCUGUCUCAGCAUGUUGUUACCGACUAUCAGCAAGUUAUCCGGCUCUUGGAGGAGGGGAUAGCAAACAGGAUCACAGCAGCCACCCAUGUUCAUGAGGCCAGCAGCAGAUCCCAUGCCAUCUUCACUGUCCACUACACACAGGCCACCCUCCAGAAUAGCCUCCCCUCAGAGACAAUCAGCAAGAUCAACCUUGUGGACCUAGCAGGCAGUGAGAGAGCAGAUCCCAGUUACUGCAAGAAUCGGAUUACUGAAGGUGCCAAUAUCAACAAGUCCCUCGUGACUCUGGGAAUUGUUAUCUCCACUUUAGCCCAGAACUCCCAAGUGUUCAGCAGCUACCAAAGCCUCAGUGCUGCCAGCAGUGGAGGUGACAGUGGGGUUCCUAGCACUGCAUCUGGGACCAGCAGUGGAGGGGGACCUGUAAGGAGGCAGUCGUACAUCCCAUACCGGGACUCUGUGCUGACCUGGCUGCUGAAGGAGAGCCUUGGGGGCAACUCCAAAACCAUCAUGGUUGCCACUGUGUCCCCUGCACAUACCAGCUACAGUGAGACCAUGAGUACACUGAGAUAUGCAUCCAAUGCCAAAAACAUCAUCAACAAGCCACAGGUGAAUGAGGAUGCGAAUGUGAAGCUCAUCCAAGAUCUAAGGGAGGAGAUUGAUAGGCUGAAAGCCAUGCUACUGAGAUUUGAACUGAUAGACCAUCUGACUCAAGACCGGAUGCGGAAGUGGAAUGACUGGCAGAUACUCAUGGAGCAUUAUGGUGUGGACAUCAACAGGAGGAGGGCUGGGGUGGUCAUCGACUCCAGCCUGCCACACCUGAUGGCUGUGGAAGAUGAUGUUCUCAGCACAAGUGUUGUAAUAUAUCACCUCAAGGAGGGGACAACAAAAAUAGGAAGAAUUGAUUCAGACCAGGAGCAGGACAUUGUCCUUCAGGGCCAGUGGAUUGAGAGGGACCACUGCACGAUCACUAGCACUUGUGGAGUGGUCAUUCUCCAGCCUACCCAAGGGGCACGCUGUACAGUCAAUGGCCGAGAGGUCACUGCUUCCUGCCGGCUGACACAAGGAGCUGUCAUAACACUGGGGAAAGCUCAGAAGUUCCGAUUUAACCACCCAGCUGAGGCUGCUUUGCUGCGGCACCACAGGCUUCAGGUUGGAGAGGCUCUUGGCAGCAGUGGCUCUUUGGAAUGGCUGAACUUAGAUGGAGAUGUCACUGCCUCAAGACUGGGUCUCUGUCCUGUGCUUUGGAAGGAGAGGAAGGUGCUACAAGAGGGGUGUGACAAGAACCAGCAGACAUCAAGAAAUGGCAAGAUAUCCCACAGAGCCCAGACUGAGCAACAGCAGUGCUAUGUGGAGGAUCUGAGACAGCAAGCCAUAGAAGGUCAGAGUAGAGUUCAGAAGGAACCAGAAUUGGACCAGACACAUAACAGCCAGAAGAUAAAAGACAACCAGCAGUGGCUUCUCAGAGGAGAGACCUGGCUAGCCAGCUUACAGGAGACACAGCAAGAAGACGACAGUGGAAAAGAGAAAGAACUUGCGGCCUUUGUGGCACCUGAUGCUUGGCUUCCUCAGAUUCUACCAUCUGCAUUGGUCCAAAGCCAGAAGAGGGUGGUACAGCUGCAGCGCUUGCGGAGACGCACUUCUCAGGCUUCAGUGUGGAACAUCAGGCAGAAAAAGGUCUCAUUCCAGCUGGAGAGAAUUAUUAAGAAGUGGAGGCUACUGGAGACCCAGAAGAGACUGGAGCAGCUCAGGGCAUUCUACUGGCUCCAGGAUGAUGGUGCCUCCAAGGCCCCAAGUUGCGUCUCCAGCUCUAACACCUCAGGACCGGGUUCUCAGCGUAGAAGCAGAUGGACGGCUUGCAGCUCUCUGAGCCUCCAAAGGCUCUGCAGCCAACGUUUGUCCCAGCUACACAGUGCUUUCAUGAACUGGAAUCCUUCCACCAUGUCACCACCUGUGCCGGACCUGACUCACCAAAUACCAAAGAAAGCCCUAUCAGCAGAUUCUGUUCCCCAAGUUACUGCUUACCCUCCAAGGACAGGGUGCCUAGGCAGGAACAGCCUCCAUCCAUCAGGCUGGAGAAAGCUCUAUCCAGCCAGGGGAGCCUCAACCAGAAGGAGAGUCUCUACCCAAGGCACCUGUCUCACUGUGAGCCACAAGUCUGUCAAUAGCCAGGAAACUGAGACAUUGGGUAAGCAGCCCUGUCAGAUGUCCUCCCAGGGUUUAGUGACUAAGAAGCUAAAGCCAAGAGAUGGUUCAAGGACCACUGCUACACAGACCAGAAGGGCUAAGGGACUAGUAGUCUCUGGCAACACACAAACUGAAUGGCAAAAAGAAGGGAGCUGUGGGACCUACAAGCCUCAUAAGGAAACCACUUCCCACUCUACCUGUCUCAGUGGAUCUGAGCAAGCAGCUGGGCAUGGGAAAGUGGUCAAGACUUUUCAGGCAGAAUCCAAACCAUCUCCUCCAAGUAGGACAUUAAAAAAACACCAGAGGGUGCUGCCAGCUAGAGGCAGAGACGUUGCCAAAAAGUUCUCUCAUUUGCCUCAUGGCAGUCCUUUAAAAAGACAACCUAGUACAGGGAAUCCAGACACUCUGGCCUCCUUCACAGACUCCAGACCUAUGAUGGAUUGUGUAAGAGAAAACGACAACGAUUUAUAUGACACUGAUAGCAGUUACUCUGUGGAUUCUCUCUCUUAUGUCUAUGCCAAAGUCCCAAAGGAGCUGCAGAAGCCAGAGGACCUUCAGGAAAAAUGGGAUCUUCCAGAUCAAGAGAACUUUCAAAAUGAUAACAGUCAAAUAUCUGAGGAUUCACUUGCCGAGAAAGGGUACCAAAGCCCCCCAGAAAACUCAGGGGGUGAAUAUUCCAUCAUGGUCCCUGGGCAGUCAAGGGCCAGAAAUUCAUUCUCUAUAAGACACUUCCCCAAGCCCUCUGACAGUUGCUUAUGUGUUCAAGCACAUAGGAGCUUUUCCUUGGACAGCCUGAUUGAUGCUGAAGAACUAAAAGAAGAUAGGCAAGAGGAACUUUUCCUUGGUUCUGCUGAUGAGAUGCCUACAGAGACUUUUUGGCACCUGCAGAAGGCCACCCUAGCUGCAGUAGACCAGGAGGCAACGUGCAGGCCUAGCCCUGUCAACCACAGAACAGGAGUCAGGCCAAAUGCCUUCCAGCCAAAGAGCAAUUCAUUUUACCUUGAUCCUCACUUCCAGCCCCACUGUGAGUCUGAGUCAGAAAUGGCAGCAAACUAUUCCGAACAAGCCAACUGUCUCCAAGGCAUGCAGCUUGCAAGAGAGAGCCCCCUGGUAUCUGUGGAUUCAUGGUUUUCUUGUGACUCUAAGGUCAAUCUCAGCAGCCCCUCGGUAACUGUACAGUCUUUAUGUCCAAGUCCUGAUGUGCAUGAAAUUCAGCCCCAUGAUGAGAUGCCUAGAUACUGGCUAAACAUCGAAGAAGUAAAGCCACCAGGUACAGUCCUGCCCCAUAGCAGCAAACUGUCCCAAGGCAGUGCUGAGCCACCCUGCAGUUCAGAUUUGUAUGCAAACUCUGCUUCUGAUACAUCCAAGCCCUCAGUCUGUGGAAGUCAAAGGCUCCUUCAGCCAGGAGCUGAUGGUGCCUUUCAGGGCAAAGAAAUCCUUGACAUGAUCUACCAGGGCAUCUCUGAAGAGUCACACAAUUUUGACAUGUCAAGUGUGCUGGCUCCCUCUGCCACCUCAUUGACUCAUGUAGGCACUAUUCAUGAGGAGGACUGGGCUGCCCUUCAGCAAAAGUAUCUCCUUGAACUCUCUAAUUCUGUUUUGGAAGCUGUGGGAGAGCCCAGGCCAGCUUUUUCCUUCUUGGAGGAAGACUCUAGCUCCCUGACUGAAGCUUCUGAGAAAGUAGAUACUCAUUUGCCAGUUGGUCCUGGGGUAUCUAAAAAUUUAGAUUUCAGCUACUUUCCAGUCCACCUGUCAAAAAUCAGGCACUUAAGAGCCAAGAAAGACCGUGACAAUUUGAGUGCCAACUUAGAAAGUUCUUCUGAUCUCUUUAGUACCAUUGAGAAGGUGAGUUAUAAUGGGGCAUACUCAGCAGACCUAGAAUCACUGACUUCUGGAUCUGUAAAUGCACAGAGCUGUACAGAAGGACACAAGAUAUCAAAUUAUGUGACAGAAGCAUGGGAAGUCAAACAGGCCAGCUUGGAAGGGUGCCUUCAGGGUAGCAGGAACUCUGGGCUGACAACUUCCUCUGGGCAGUAUUUCUUUCAGAAGAAGGCUUAUCACAAUCAUGAUACAUUAGCCACCAAAGCAGACCAGUGCCCCCAAGAUGGGGCUCUUCUGAGGAAAAAUACUGCUGUUCCUUCAAGACUGUUAAGUUACCACAGCCACCCACACCCACUGCUGGAAGAGAAGGCAGCUUCUCAGCAGCAAGCCAAGGAAGCAGGUGGAACACAUACAGACACUUCUUGCACCUCCCCUUCAGGUCCAGAGCUGUUCCUGCACUCUGCUCCCUGGAAUCCUUUUCCAUCUUCUCUGCAGCCACCUCCCUUGGAGACAUUUUAUGUAACCAAAAGCAGGGAUGCCUUGACAGAAACUGCCUUAGAGAUUCCAGCCUGCAGGGAAGCUUGGAUACCAUCCCCACCCCCCAGGGAAGCCUGGGGCUUUGGUCAUAGCUAUCCAGUCCUCCAGAAAGCUCACCAGAAGAAUAACUUACCCAAUUUGUCAUGUAGCCAGAAUUCUAAGAUUGACUCAUCUCAUCAGGUGACAACAAAGACAACAAAGUGUUCAACUAAUCUGAACACAGGAGAAGUUACUGCAGAACUGGAGAAAUGCACUAGAAAGAUGAGUGAGGAAGGAAAUCUCGAUUCUGCUUACUGUUUUGUUGCUCAUAAUAAACAUCAUCUCCCUUCUACCAGCUUCAAAGUUUGUGAAUGUGGAAAUGAACUUGGAAUUUUCAAUAAAAAGUACAGCCUUUCAGUCCACAAGGAAGGAGAAGGGGCCUCUGCAUGGCAUCACUGCAGUGUUGCCUUUGACGGCACUGAGUCCAAGACUGUGCUUUUCAUUUGUGACUCUAAGGCAAGCGAGGAAGAACAGAGCCUACUUCCACCACAGGAGCAGGCCUGUGGUGCACACAGCCAGCCUUCUGGAACCAGGUCUGAUUUCAUUGGUAAAAUCACCAGUUUAGACCUGGAGAAAGUCAUACCAGAGGAAACUGCUGUUUCUUUGAAAUCCAGAUCACUCCACUGUCGAGUAAGCAGCCCUGUGAUCAUGGCGAGAAGUGGGAAUCUAACUCACAGGUGGGAGGAGAGAAAUGAAACUGUGCUUUUCAGGGAAGUGAUUUCCAAAGACAUCCAAGAAGAGUCCAGUCUUCCAGGAACCCAGUAUACCCGUGAAAGAUGCCAUCUAGUUAUGUGUCCUCAGGAAAGAAAGCCUAUUGAAUGCAAGGCUCAUGGGCAGUUGCAAGAAAUAAAGUCCAAAGAAGAACCUUUGGGAGAGAAACAGAACAUGAGAGUUAACAAUGCCGAUGAAAUGGCUAGGCUGAUCAGGAGUGUAAUGCAGCUGGAAACUGGCAUCUUAGAAAUUGAAUCCAAGCAGAACAAGCAACUUCAAGCUUCCCAAACGACAAGUACAGAGUUUAUGCUCCAGGCCCUACAAGACCAGGAGAGGGCUGACCAUGCCCUGAUUCCAGGAAGUUCUGGAAAACAUUUAUUCUUUGAUAAUCAGCUAUCUUUUCCAGUACAGACAGAGGAUGAUAUCCUUGGGGACAGUGAAGCUAGGGAAAUGGAGGGUAACAAUGCUGUCAGUAAUAAUACCCAGACCCUGAAAAGCAUAGGAAGCUCCUUUAGAUCAGGGGGAUACGCACAUAAGAAACAGUCUAAGAGUGAACACUAUCACCCACCACCUGGAAUAGAGGGACUUGCCCAGGACACGUGUGCUUUUUGUGGGAAGAGCACAACUCUCAGAGAGCCUAGCAACAUUUCCUUUCACUCAAGGAGAAUGAAAGUGUUAGCUAGAGCUCUGCCGUUGCAGCCCAGUGUAGAGAGCUCUCCUGAGGAGGAGGAUGAGCUUCUAAAAGCAUCAGCAGACUUCCAAGACUAUGCUUGGACCUUGGGAAAUCUUGAGGAACCAGAGACUAUGGGAAGUUUUCAGGAAAGCCAAAUUGUUGAACUCCCAAGUGAUUCAGGGUUGCAGGAUAUAAAAGCUCAUGGAAGAGUUGAAGGACUGGCAGUGGGAAAGGGAGGGAACCUACAAGAAGAGAAUAUGGUCUCAUCUACCCAGAAACUUCCUGCUCCAAGCCAUCAGUGUAAGGGCACAUUUUCCAGCCAGGAGACUGUCUCUCCAUUCCAUAGCCAGACAGGCUUCUCUGCAGCUCUUCCUUAUGCAGAACCAAGUGGUACUCCACCCUUGCAAUCUCCAAGCUUACCAAGACGCUGUUUGCAUGCCUCUGAUACCAAAGGCAUUUCUUCAUUUGAGUACAUGUUAGAGCCUACAAUGUUGAAAAUUAAUAGAAGUUCCUUGACAACUGGAGUAGGGCAUCAGGAUUAUUGUGGAGAGAUCAGAAGCAGUAGCCCGCAGAGAAGUGUUACAAGGGAUGCUUCCACUGCACACACUGCCUGGUGUGGAGCUGUGACGCCCAUGGUAAUGAGAGCUGAUCAUCAGUCUGUUACACCAGAGAGCAUUCUACUAGAGACAGAGGACUGGAUAACAGUAAGCACUAGCCUCCAAGAAGACCAGAGAGGGGACUUCAGAAUCACUUCAACAGGCUUGACUACCCAGGAAGGUUUGGGUUCUGAAUAUGAGGCAACUGUUCAAAAAGAAAUAAAAACCAGUUCCUUGGAUGGGGUUUCAAGACAGACUGAAAAGAGGGUCAGUUUCCUCUUAAAAGAAGACAGUGAACAUGGCAAGGAGGAAAUGCAGAAGGCAGAAAAAUCCGAAGACCAACAGCCUGCUAGCAGUGCUUGCUUAACACCUUUGUCUCUACUGAGGGCACCUGAUCCAGAGCCUCUGCCACUACCCGACUCUUCUAUCCAUGCAUCCAUAUGCCUGGCUAUCUUGGCAGAGAUUAGACAGGCAAAAGCCCAGAGGAAGCAUCUUAAUGACUUUGCAGCUGAGGAGACAGUCCUUCCUUGUGAGACUUCACAAGAAGAGUGUUUUUCAGAGGCUGCAGUUAGGCCUGGGGAGAAAAUGGUUAAGUUAGGGUGUGACAGCACCAGGACUGGGGACAAAGCCCAAGGACUGCAUGUGGCAUCUUCAUUUGCUAUGACAGACCUCUUGGCUGCUGAGAGGAAAGCCCAACCCAUGCCUCCCAGUGCAGGGGGCUUUCAGCAUCUGCCCAAUCCUGAAACUGACAGAGGACCAGGGCAUCAUUUGUUAGCUUCCACUCCCAUUGUCCCAAAUCUAGAAGAAAGACCUUGUACUGGAGAACCAAGCGGAGUGAGUAGAUGGUCUGAUUCUUCUGGAGUCAUAGAGAAAAAGAAAGAAACAUCCAGAACACUGUCCUCUGUCGAUCCUUUGGCCCCAGACAGGCUUCUUUCUACAUCAGCUGUAGAGCAGGAUGGGAGGGUAGGAUCAGAGAAAGUGUCUGUCUUACCUUCUCAAAAUUCUUGUGAUGAUCCUGGCAGGAUUAUGUGUGGGCAAAGUCAGUUAGCUGCAUGGAAAACUGCAGCAGGUAUAUGCUUUGGUAGUCAGGACAGCAUCCCAGAGUAUCAGGAACCUAGAAGUCUAGAUGGUACAUGUGGAGGAGGCUCAGGUAAACUCUUAGUGACCACACAGGAAAGAAAAGCAGGCAAUUCUGAAUGUCAGUCUGUGAUCUGUAGUGUUGGUAAUUCUGCAGGCCUCUCAGGGUCUAAGCAAGACCAUGUCCAGUGCUCAGAUGCUUCUACUGGCUUAGAAGAAAUGAAGGCAAGUCCAAAGUCAUAUGCUGUUCACCCAGGAGCUCCUAGAAAUGUUGAAGCAGAAGCUCACAUGUGGCAUCCUGUCAAGUGGAAAAAUGUUGACUCUGGCCUGGCAGAAGUCCAUGGGGCAGACAGCAAAAAUCCAGUGUCAUUGCUAGAUCAAAGACCUAUCCUGCAUCUUAGUAGAGUUAGAGAAGACGCUCCAGGUCUGUGUCCAAAAGAGUGCCUUGUCUUCGAGGGGAGUACUGGAGGCAGCAGACCACCUGGCUUAUCUUAUGAGGAGGAAGAGAACAGAACUAUUCCUUGUCCUCAACUAACUGGUUCUCAACCUACUGCUGUUCAUGCCAGAUGCUCCCAUUCCUCUACUCUGCCAUGUUAUAGAGACGGUUUCCUUAGGAAGGAAACUCCUCAGGCUGCUCCACAUCCUGUCCACUCACAUUUCAUAGUACCAUCUAGGGCCUGUGAAGUAGACAGAACAGUAGAGAGCUUUUCCAAAGAUUCUCAGGUAUUUUUGGCACAUGACCUUGAGCACAAACAUGUUCAUGUAGAAUUUGGGCCUAUAGACAGCAGCAUUCCCAACCCAUCCACUGCAGCUGCUGUCUCCUCUCGAGCUCAAAGCUGCUAUCCUAUUCCCACCUCGGAAGUAAAGGCCAAUUGUCUCACCUUUGCAGUUGCUGGUGGAAAGUCAGUUGAAGGUUCUGAGAAAAAGACUUCAGGGAAGAAGGCUAGCACUGCUCCUCAGGAUGCUUAUCCAACCAGUCCUGCAGGCUCGCACUCUGAGUCACUGAGGACUGAGGAUAACUCUGUAGGGGAAAAUAUACAGGCAUCUCAAGCCAACCCAGAACCUGCUGUGGUGAUUCAGGGACCACAUACCCUAAGUUUAAAUGAAGGAUCUGUCGACAGUGAGCUGGUGAUGGCAGCUCAGUAUGAACAUUUAGGAAACAUCACCAGACGAUGUUCAGAAAAGACACAACCUUCCACUGAGGUUAGAGGUCACAGUUGCUUGGGUUCCCAAGCCAAUUUUAUAGAUAGGUUAAAACACACCUGCCACCCUCAGACUGAGACUUCAUGGGAGGAAGAAGAGCAACAAAGAGACCAGGCUUUAGGAGAUGGCAAAGACCAUGCCCAGGUCAGAAAUCUGGCAUCUUCAAAUGAGGGUGGCUUUGAUGGCUCUCAUACUAGAGAUAGUGAAAAAGAGGAGGUAGUUGUGGCAAAGUCUCCUGUGUCCCAAACUUUCUUUUCAGACCUUGAAGACCCAGCUUCUCUGCCCUUGGGGCAAACUGAAGCAUCCCAGCCUGAUGCCCAGACUCCUGACCAACUCUUCUCUGGAAGGGAGCAGCUGACUUUCCGCCACAGGCACACACUUCCUGUGAUAGCAGUCUUCUCUGGCCCUAAACUUGCCAGGUAUUCCCCUAGACCUCAUUUCUCUGUGGUCAGCUCAUCUCAAUCUAUUCAUGAAUUAAAUAUGAGAGUGGAAGCUCCUUCCCCAGCAGAUGAAGAUGCACAGGCACCAAAGAGAUUGUGGAGCCCACAUCUCAGGGCCUGUUCCUCAGAAAAGCCAAUGUCAACAUCUCCAGAGACUCAGGAUUGCAAUCUGAAAGCUCCAUGUGAUGUGAACAAUAGCCCCAUUGAUCACAGGCCCCUGAAACCUGUCAUUCCUCCUUAUCCAACGUCUUCCACUGUGUCAUGUAUGCCAACCCCUGAUUUUAUGACUGACUGGAUACCUGGUACUUUGGAACAGGCCCAUCAAGGAAAGACAGAUAAACUGAAUGUCCAGGGCAUGCCAGAGACCUGGCAUUCUCAGGUGGACAAAGAAGUGCUACACUUUGGGUCUAGUGACAUAAAUCCCUAUGUCCUGCCCUGGUGUCCACAGGAACCUAUGGAUAUUGGCUGGAAACAAUAUGUGUUUGGAAGUGUAGCUGAUGUCUCUUGUAGCCAGAAACCCCAAAGCCUAAUACCAUCAAAUAUGACUCAGUGCUCUAGAAUGAACAAUGCCCUAGAUGACAAGAAAUCCCCAUUUCACUCCCAUCUCAGGACUUACACCCAAACCCGGGACCUGCCAAACGUGUGCAACCGUAUUGAGAAUGACCAAAGUUCAAACGAAGGCUGGGAAAUGCAGAGUCCCUCACUUGCCGUGGAGAAGCCCCAUAUCUUGAUUGGCUCUGAAGGAGUUGCCCCAACUUGGGAUCCUGACAAGAGACCCCCAUUCAGGGGCUCUUCUGAGGAAAUAGGCUGUCUGAGGAGUGAGCUGUCUCUGGCUGGAGGGAGUGUCCCAGCUCCAGUAGAUGAGAUUGUACUGCUCUGCCCAUCUGAGACAGCCUGUGAGGUGGGGCAGGCCAGGAUGAAUACCUUUGAACAGGGAACACAGACCCUGGGCAGCAGGCUCCACUUGAGCUGCACCGAUGUAUCUGCACAGUCUGACAGCAGGACAAUGUCAGACUUUGAGAUGGCCUCCUGGACCAGCAUGCACAACCUUUCUCUCCACCUCUCUCAGCUCCUGCACAGCACUUCUGAGCUGCUCGGGAGUCUCUCACAGCCAAAUGUGAUCCCAAAGAAGCAGAGCAUUCAGAAUGACUCCCCAGAUGAAGCUCCACAGACCCUCAUGAUGGACGGUUCUACUCAGACCAGUGAGGAUGAGGGCAUCCAGACGGACCUAGCCUUAUCUCCUCUGUCCUUCAAGGCUCCAGAGGUCAAGCCUCAGGAAGUCAAUGUGAUCCUUGAAGUGAUGGACUCAGGUAUCACCACUAUGUUUCAAGAAAAGGAAGAUGUACCAGGAGUGUUUCCCAAGAGAGGGACAGAGGAAGCAGCAGAAGCCCCAGAUCUCCACGAAGGAAACACCCACUAUAACCUGCAGAGCCCUUCCAUGCCCUCACCAUGCUUGAGGUUUCAGAAAGCUCAUCUUGGGCAGAACCUUACUUUCGAGAGCCCCCCAGCCUCUACUAAUGGUUCCUCGCCUCCCAGCCUUCAGCCAGAGGCAUCUUCCAUGGUGGUCAACAGUCCCAGCAUCCUACACCACUCAGAGCUCUUGCUUGGUGCUCCAGAGCUCACCCAGGAGCCUGACACCCAGAAGAAGCCAGGCCCCUCGAGUGCUCUGCUGGUGGACAGGGCUUCCUCUCCAAUCCUUACAUUUAGUGCCAGCACCCAGGAUUUGAGCAAUACCUUAGCCUCUUUGACUCUAUCUGUCCCCUCAGCUCAUUCUCUUGGAGACGUCCAGGAGACUGCCAUCAGUCCUGAUCUUGCUGUUGAUAACCCAAGACCACUAAUGGAUAAUUCUCAAGCCACUAGUGGGUUCAGUGUCUCUCAGAGAGCUGGGUCUCUGGAAAGAGAAGGCAAGAGCCCCUUAGGAAAGAGUUCUGAGGGUUUAGUUCUUGAUUCUAGCUCUCCAUGCAGCCCACAACGGAGCUCCAGUCUCCAAGUUAGUUUCUUAGGGCAGGCCCCUCAGCAGCUUCAGCCCAUGAACACCACUGGAGACCAAAGCAGCCUGCCAUCUCCUCCACCAAGGCACAGGAGCCUGAAGCUAGAUGACAGCUUUGUGCCCAAGAAGGUGGCUUCCAUAGAGCAUGGUCCACAGAGCAGUAGGAGGCCAAGUCAGUGUCAGGACAGGACAGCAAAUGAGGAUGAGAAUUCAGUGUUUAUGGUAGAGCCACAGCUCAGUCUGGAUCUAUCAUCUCCAUGGAGAGAUCUUCAGCCCCUUAGCCCUUGUCCUAUCUCCGAUACUGCAGGGCUUCCAAGUCCUGCUGAAGAGCCACCUCAGGCCUGCCAAUUUGAGGGGCUGCUCUGCCCUGGUUCACAUGUGAGUGUGGCCCCUGAUCUCCAGCAUCACAGCCUGAGGGACCUCCCAGUUCAUAACAAAUUUGAUAACUGGUAUGGAGUUCAGGAUGGAUCUUGUGGAGGGCUGCCUGUCAGUGAGAAUCUAGGGAUUGGCUGUGACUUCCAUUCUGUAGACCAAACACAAAGGUCCCUGAAACCUUCUGACAACUACAACCAGGAACCCGAGUGGCCCCAGUUUGAGCGUGUCCCUUUGCAAGUAGGGGUCCAGAAACCCUCACUCAGUGUGGAACUCACAGAAGCAAAAUUACACCGUGGCUUCGGGGAGACAGAUGCCCUGCUGAAGGUGCUGCAGAAUGGGACAGGAGAGGUAUAUGCUCCUCAAGAGCCUGCUAUGUCCUCUUGUGGGGAGUUCUACACCAGGCAGAAAAAGACUAUAGAGACCCUCAGGAGAGAGAGGGCUGAAGGACUUCCUAACUUUCGUCGAACACGAAGCCUCAGUCCCCAGAAACAUCUCAGCUUCCUGCUCAGCAAGGAUCUCCCCACCUGGGAACAUGACUUGCCCAGCAGACGCCAAGGAUACCUGCAGCAGCUGAGGAAGGAUGUGGUGGAGACCACUAGGAUCCCAGAACCAGCACCAAGGUCAGCCCACCCACCCUCUGACAUUGAGCUGAUGCUUCGAGACUAUCAUCAGGCCCGUGAGGAAGCCAAGGUGGAGAUUGCCAAGGCUCAGGAUCGGCUCAGGCAGAGGACUGAACAAGAAAAGCUGAAAAUCCGCCAGCAGAUCAUCUCCCAGCUGCUGAAGGAAGAGGAGAAACUACAAGGGCUAGCCAACUCCAGCUCGCUGUGCACCAGCUCUAAUGGAAGCCUGUCUUCUGGCAUCACAUCUGGUUACAACAGCAGCACAGCCUUCUCAGGCCACCUCCCGUCCCUAGAGGUUAAGGAGGACUCUCGAGUACCAGAUUUCCGAGACACUUGGAUAGGGGACUGGCGGGGCCGGUCCACAGUGAGGAACAGUCAGCUGUAUCUGACCGGGUCUUCCUGGAAGAGCUUAGCCCACCGCUGCAGAGCCCCCCUGGGCAGUGGCUCCUGCUCUCCUUCCAGCCUAUCCAGUUUAGGGACCUGCUUCUCCUCCCUCUACCAGGAUUUAGCCAAACACAUUGUCAACACCUCAAUGGCUGAUGUAAUGGCUGCUUGUUCAGAUAAUCUCUACAACCUCUUCAGCCGUCAGGCAACAGCUGGCUGGAACUACCAGGGUGAGGAACAGGAGGUGCAGCUUUACUACAAGGAAUUCUCUUCUACUCGACAUGGCUUCUUGGGUGCAGGUGUGGUGCUCCAGCCACUCUCUCGUGUUUGGGCAGCUGUGAGUGAUCCCACUCUGUGGCCUCUGUAUCAUAAGCCCAUCCAGACAGCAAGGCUGCAUCAGCGAGUGUCCAACAGUAUCAGCCUUGUGUAUUUGGUGUGUGACACCACACUGUGUGCGCUGAAGCAGCUACGGGAUUUCUGCUGUGUCUGCGUGGAAGCCAAAGAGGCAGGACUCACAUGUAUCUCUGUCCCUAGGGGCAUCUGUCAAUCAUGGCAGCUCAGUCUGUGUAUGACACAUCCAUGCCAAGACCCAACAGAAAAAUGGUUCGAGGAGAGAUCCUGCCCAGUGCCUGGGUGCUGCAGCCUGUCAUCAUGGAGGGGAAGGAAAUAACCAGAGUCGUCUUCCUUGCCCAGGUGGAGCUGGGUGCACCAGGCCUCCCUCCUCAUCUUCUGAACUCCUUUAUCAAACAGCAACCGCUGGUUGUGGCCAAGCUGGCAACCUUCCUUGGUAGUUAGUAUUGGGCAUUGCUGAGAUGUAGGCCCAGGACACUUGAGAACUCUGUAACUGCUUCUACACUCUGAGACAAGAAGAGCCCAGGCUGCCCAUGGUAACCAACUAUACAGAUGGCAUCAGCCCAGUGUUGCCAGCAAAUCCAGUACUUAGUACUUGGUUACCUCUCAAGAAUGAGCAACCUGAAUCUCCUGGCCCUGGCUAUCCAAUGAAACCCAACUCACCUUUAGGAUUUCUCACCUUUAUUUCCUGCCUCUGGGACUGUGUGUCAAAGACUGGAAAAAGCACAGCCUGCAGAGCUGGGGACUGCUUGGCAAGGUGCCUCCUUGGCAGACAAGCACUAGCCAAGGGUAUUCUGAAUCUGCCUCCAACAUUCAGCUCCAUUUUGUGAUGGAGUGACAGAAACGACCAAACCAGUUUAAAGAAUCAACUGCACAAACUAGA